AAAGAAAACUCAACACAACCCAUCACUCCCUCCACUCUUUGCGUUCUUAUCUUCUCCUUUCUUCUUCUUCUUCUUCUUCUAUGAUGGAGUCCAAGCCCAGCUCAACAAUCAAUAAUCUUAGUAUCACUGUAGAGAGAAAUCCAUCUGAAUCACGCUUAUCUGAACUGGGUAUCAAGUCAUGGCCCAAAUGGGGAUGUCCGCCGGGGAAAUUCCCUCUGAAAUUUGAUGCAGAAGAGACAUGUUAUUUACUGAGAGGAAAAGUGAAAGCUUACACAAAAGGGUCGCCGGAGUUUGUUGAGUUCGGUGCCGGAGAUCUUGUUACCAUACCAAAGGGUCUCAGUUGCACUUGGGAUGUAAUGGUUGCCGUUGAUAAGCACUACAAAUUCGAUUCUUCUUCUUGA